UGAUGCAACUAGCAACUUGCAUCUUUCUUGUCUUCUUUGUUUACAAAUAAUUUUAUACAUUGAAUGAUAAGGGAUAAAAAAAAACAAUGAACGAAGCAAUGGUAAUGAUAAGUUGCACUAGCUGCAUUUUUUUCCUUUUUAGUGGUUUCGUAUUCUUCAUCACCUUUAUUUCUGUAGCAGAUGCAGCAGACACCUUGACUGGGAAUCAAGCCCUUGUGGAUGAUGGAAAGAGCAGCAUUGAAUCCUCUGGUGGGGUUUUUGAGCUGGGAUUCUUCAGCCCCGGAAAGUCCACGAAUCGAUACGUGGGGAUUUGGUACAAGAAGAUAUCAAUUAGGACUGUGAUAUGGACUGCUAAUAGACAGGCUCCAAUUCUUGAUAGUAAUUCAGGAGUUUUGAGGAUUAGGAAUGCAAGAUUAGAGAUUUCUGAUGGUGCUGAUGUCAUUUGGUCAUCCAAUUCUUCGUCGUCCGAUAGUAAUAAUGCUUCUGUGAUUGUUCAGCUUUUGGAUUCAGGCAAUUUGGUGAUCAGCAAUGGGAAUGCCAGUAGGUUCAUUUGGCAGAGUUUUGAUUUUCCUAAUGACAAUCUUCUGCAAGGAAUGAAAAUUGGAUGGGACUUGGAGAGAGGACUAGAAAGAUCUUUGGUGUCGUGGAAAAGUACUGAUGAUCCUUCUGUAGGUGAUUUUACACAGAGGGUAAGUAGAAUUGGUUACCCUCAGAUGCUUGUGUCGAAACAUUCAGUUGUGCAGUUCAGAUUUGGACCAUUUGAUGGGAUUCAGUUCAGUGGUGUUACCUAUACCAGACAAGAAUUGGAUUUUCAGUUGUCACUGGUUCGUGAUGACAGGGAAAUUUAUUCGAGUUUUGGGAUUAAUGGGAAUUCUGAUCCUGUAGUGAGGUAUAUGUUGCUUUCUGAUGGAUCGAUACAAGUUCUGUCUUGGGAUGAUGAGAGCAAAAAAUGGGAGGAUUAUUUGAGUGUUCAGAGGGAUGCUUGUGAUCAGUAUGCAGUCUGUGGUGCCUAUGGUAAUUGUAACAAUACGAAAUUGAGAGAUGAGGCAGAUUGUGGAUGUUUAGGGGGGUAUGUUCCGAAAUCUCCAGAAAAAUGGAAAUUAUCAGAUUGGUCUGAUGGAUGUGUUCCAAGAACUCAAUUUGAUUGUAGAAAUGGAACAGAUAUAUUUGUUGAGUAUUCAGCUAUGAAAUUGCCAGACACUCGGACCGCUUGGUUUAACCAGACUAUGGGGCUUGUUGAUUGUAAAAAGGAGUGCUUAAAAAACUGCUCUUGUACAGCUUACUCAAACAUAGAUAUUAGACAAGGUGGAACUGGCUGCUUAUUAUGGUUCAAUGAACUUCUUGAUAUCAGAGAUUUUAAGGACACUGGACUUAAAUUCUAUGUAAGAACUUCUUCGUUAAAUACAGAGGCAAAUAGAAGUUCAACAGAAAAGAAGGGAGGAAGCAGCAUUGUUAUAAUCAUUGCUGUGUUGGUAGUGGUGGCAGUACUACUAGUCCUGAUUGUGAUUUUCCUCUGCAGAAGGAGGAAUAUCCGUAGAAGGAAGAGAAGGAGGCGAGGAAGAUUAGCAUUGAAUCCACAAACUGAAACCGGGAAUGACAAUGAGAGCAAAGAUCUGGAGUUACCAUUGUUUGAUUUCCAAACCAUUGCUAAUGCUACAAACAACUUUUCCUUGAACAAUAAGCUGGGCGAGGGUGGUUUUGGGCCUGUCUACAAGGGUAUUUUGGGCCACGAACAAGAAAUAGCAGUCAAAAGACUUUCAAAGACAUCCAGACAAGGGCUGGAUGAGUUCAAGAACGAGGUUUCAUGCAUAGCAAAACUGCAGCACCGAAAUCUUGUGAGACUUCUGGGAUGCUGCAUUGAGCACAAUGAAAUGAUGUUGAUAUAUGAGUACAUGCCAAACAAGAGUUUAGAUACAUUCAUUUUCGACAAAGAAUUAAGCAAGGUACUUGAUUGGCCCCAGCGCUACAACAUUAUAAAAGGCAUCGCUAAGGGCCUUUUAUAUCUUCACCAAGACUCUAGGCUAAGAAUCAUACACAGAGAUCUCAAAACCAGCAAUGUUUUACUUGAUCAUGAAAUGAGUCCGAAAAUUUCAGAUUUUGGCUUGGCAAGAACUUUUGGAGGGAAUGAAACCGGAGUAAAUACAGCGAAAGUAGUUGGCACAUACGGCUACAUGUCACCAGAGUACGCCAUUGAUGGGUUUUUCUCAGUUAAAUCAGACGCUUAUAGCUUUGGUGUCGUCGUGCUAGAAAUAGUAAGUGGAAACAAAAUCAGAGGCUUCUACAAUGCAGAUAACAAUCUCAAUCUUCUUGGUCAGGCAUGGAAAGUGUACAAAGAAGGCAACAUUCUGGACCUAGUUGAUGAGGCAUUCAAGGAAUCAUGCAAUAAUUCAGAAGUUUCGCGAGCUGUACAAAUCGGGUUAUUAUGUGUGCAACCAUACCCGAAAGACAGACCGAAUAUGAGAUUUGUUGUGUCCAUGCUAGGCAAUGACAAUGAGCUGCCACAGCCAAAACAACAACCUGGUGUUUUUCAUGACAGGAGGAUGCAAGACUCUGAUACUUCAUCGAGUAUGCAGGGAUCUUCUACAUCUAAUGAAUUGUCCAUAACAGUUCUUAAUCCUAGAUAGUAAAAGAAAAAUUUGUUCUCUAUAUAUUUUUGCUCAGUGAUUUGUACAAUCAAUUUUUUGAUACAUUUCUAAUACACGAUUGUUCUUGUGA